AAAAAAAAAAAAAAAAAAAAAAAAAAAAAAAAACUCCUGCUUGCUCAGCCGGUUGCCUCGCCGCCUCCGAAACCCGCCUCGUCGGCGCCUUCCAGAUGCUCCCAUAGCCGGCCGCGGCUGCGGCCAGCCAUCCGUGUGGGCUAUCCGGGGCCUCCUCCGGGGAGCCUCGCCGUCGUUCCGCUGCAGAGAGUUUCGAUGAUCAAAUGGAAUUGCAAUUCUACUAUAGGUAGGUGGACUUGUAACCUGCUUCUCAAGGCGGUGAUAGUCGGCGACGUCAAGGAUGUCCUCGGCGUCAUAGAAGGCGGACUUGAGCCUCUUUGCCCACUGCUCCACACGACCCCGCUGCUCGGGAGGGAUCCUCUCGGCCUGUUGCCGCAUCAGCUCCAGCCGUGGGAGAAGACGCUCCUCCAGAUCACGCAGCUUCUCCGACUCGUCAAAGCCGAGAAGUUCAAAGCCAUGGUUGAGGAGCUUGGUGGUGAUGGGCGACACGAUCCACCCCAGCGUGGAGAUGGCCCACCCGACCGCGGCAACCUCCGCCAUGGACGCAGGCAAGCAAAGGGAGCAGGAAAGGAGACCCUAAGUUUGCGCGUCUGUGUUCUUGGUUUCCUGCUCAGCUCAGCUCGGUGGAAAUUCUAGUUCGUGGAGGCAGUUCUAGGAGUCUAGCUGGCCACCAUCGUGGAGUGAGUUCUUCCACAUAGGGAUAACUGGAUGUGGUUUGCAGCAACAAGACGACGAGAAAAUUCGUUGGUCGUUGUCGUGGUAGUCUCUAUGCUCUUUCCUUGAAGUUGCUGCUGUAUUUUCAGUGAUAGCACUUGCUUCUCCUUUUGUUUUCCUUUUUCUUUUGGCGAAUUAGAUUAGAUUUCUCUUUUCUUGGUGAAAGAUGUGUUCUUUUUUUUUGAAACUGGGUGGAUUCCAUUACUCAGAUGCUAACAUGUCGUUAGCAACACAUACAUGUUCUCAGUUGUCAUAUGCCUGAAUAUUUGGCUUUCCUAUAAACAGAGAAUGUUCUCCGUUCUGAAAA